AUUCCAACUAGCUGAGCUAGCCGGCCUUGUGCGUUUUCUUCUCCGAAGAACACAUAGCAAACAAAGUUGUUAAAUCAAUGGCUAGUGAGGAUGGGAAGAAGGUACAUGAGAGGUCACCGUGGGGCGGCCGCGACGGCGGCAACCUGGUGCAGGACGCGGUGGACUACAGGGGCUGCCCGGCCGACAAGUCGAGCACGGGAGGGUGGGUGGCGGCGGCGCUGACCCUCGGGAUCGAGCUGUGCGAGCGGCUAUCCACGAUGGGCAUCGCCGUGAACCUGGUCACAUACCUGACGGGCACCAUGCACCUGCCCAGCGCCGUGGCCGCCAACGUCGUCACUGACUUCAUGGGCACCUCCUUCCUCCUCUGCCUCCUCGGCGGCUUCCUCGCCGACUCCUUCCUCGGCCGAUACCUCACCAUCGCCAUCUUCGCCCUCGUCCAAGCUAUCGGCACGGGGCUCCUGGCGGUGUCGACGGAGGUGCGGCAGCUGCGGCCGCCACCGUGCGAGGGCGGUGCCGGUGCGGGGCCAUGCGAGCAGGCGACGGGGCUCCAGAUGGGCGUGCUCUACGUGUGCCUCUACCUCAUCGCGCUCGGCACUGGCGGGCUCAAGUCCAGCGUAUCGGGCUUCGGCACCGAUCAGUUCGACGAGCGCGACGCCCGCGAGCGAGCCGCCAUGGGCCUCUUCUUCAACCGCUUCUUCUUCUUCAUCAGCGUCGGCACGCUCCUCGCCGUCACCGUCCUUGUUUACGUCCAGGACCACGUCGGCCGGAGCUGGGCCUACGGCAUCUGCGCCGGCGCCAUGCUCGCCGCCAUCGCAGUCUUCCUCUCCGGCACCAGGCGCUACCGCUACAAACGCAGCUCCGGGUCCCCCAUCGUGCACAUCCUCCAGGUCCUCGUCGCCGCCGCCCGGAAGCGGAACAUCAAGCAACCGCUCGCCGCCGCAGCGCUCUACGAGGAUCUCCCUGGUCACGCCCGCCUCCCCCACACCGCCCAGUUCCCGUGCCUGGACAGGGCGGCCGUGAUGGCCGGUGACGGCGACAACGAGGUGGGGCACGACGGGCGGCCGACGCCGAACCCGUGGAAGCUGUGCUCUGUGUCCCGCGUGGAGGAGGUGAAGAUGGUGGCACGGCUGAUGCCGGUGUGGGCGACGACGAUCCUGUUCUGGACCAUCUACGCACAGAUGAUCACCUUCUCCGUGGAGCAGGCGACCACCAUGGACCGGCGCAUGGGCGGAUUUGAGAUCCCCGCUGCGUCUCUCACCGUUUUCUUCGUCGGCGCCAUCAUGCUCACCCUUGCCAUCUACGACCGCGUCUUCAUCCCGCUCUGCCGGAGCCUCAUAACCGGUCGGCAGGGGUUCACCAACCUGGAGAAGGUCGGCAUCGGCCUGGUCCUCUCCAUUGUUGGCAUGGCCGCCGCCGCCAUCUCCGAGAAGAAGCGCCUCACCGUGGCAGCCACGAACGCGGGGCAGGGGCCGCUGCCCAUCAGCGUGGUCAUGCUGACGCCGCAGUUCCUGCUAGUGGGCGCCGGCGAGGCGUUCAUCUACACGGGGCAGCUGGACUUCUUCAUCACGCGGUCGCCGAGAGGCAUGAAGACCAUGAGCACCGGCCUCUUCCUCACCACACUCUCGCUCGGCUUCUUCCUCAGCAGCGCGCUCGUCUCGCUCGUCAAGAGCUGCACACGGUGGCUCGGCGACACCAUCAACCACAGCCGCCUCGACUACUUCUACUGGUUGCUCGCCGUGCUCAGCGUCGUCAACCUCGCCGCCUACCUCGUCUGCGCCAUGUGGGCCGUGCCUCCGGCCACCAGCCAGGCGGAUCAGCCGCAACCAGCGACAGCGGCUGACGAGAAAUGCUAGCAAGAUCAGCUACGGACUUGCACCGAUCGCAAUUAGUUAUCAACUUCACUAUCACAUAUAUACUUGAAGCGCUUAUUAUUUUAGAGGGUUCUAUAGAUUGAGUGUCGAUGCAGCUUCGAGCCUUCGAUGUGUUUCCAACAUGUUAAAACCAAGUUGUUCACUCAUGCUUAUUGCUAAAUAAGA